AUGUCUGUGCGAGACACCACCGCCCAUCAUGAUCCGGACACAGCCUAUACGCCCCUCCAACAUCCCGAUGAACAUCCAGCCUUCCACUAUAAAGGGUUUCACCCGGGCAAAAUCAUAAGGCUUCCAAAAGGCCAUGUCAAAGAGGCGGGGUUUCAGGCAUUUCUCCUUGAUGUUAUCUGGGAGGUUGACCAGGCUAUCCCGAUGCGGGACGGAGUCACUAUCUAUGCUGAUGUAUUUCGGCCAGCGAGUGAGAUUGAAAAGGUCCCAGCGAUUAUCCCAUGGAGCCCGUAUGGUAAAGCUGGAACUAGUGCAAUUGACUAUGACACGAUGGGACCAUGGAGAAUUGGCAUUCCGUACCAACGUCUGAGUGGAUAUGAGACAUUUGAAGGCCCAAACCCGGCUGAAUGGUGCUCUAGGGGCUACGCAAUUGUUGAUAUCGAUGCACGCGGUGCAGGCAACUCCGAAGGUGAUCUAGCCUUCUGGGGCAAACAAGAGGCAAUCGACAUCUACGAUUCAAUUACUUGGGCAGCAAAACAGCCCUGGUGCAAUGGAUCUGUCGUCAUGAUGGGGAACUCAUGGCUUGCUGUAUCACAGCUCAACUUCGCAUCGCGAUUCGCUCAUCCUAACCUGAAGGCAAUAGCUCCUUGGGAAGGAUUGACAGACCUCUACGCCCAUCAGAUGUGCAGGGGAGGCAUCCCUAAGAGCGAUUUCGGAAAAAUGAUUCUUGGUGGACUCGCAGGUUUUGGGAAAGCAGAAAAUGUUGGUUUAAUGCUUGACGCCCGCCCACUAGUUGACGAAUAUUGGAUGGACAAGAAAGUGAAUGUGGAGCGCAUUCGUGAUGUACCAAUGUAUCUCACAGCCUCAUACUCGACCGGUCUACAUUGCGAAGGCUCUUUCCACGCUUUUGAGCGUUCACAGACCUCUCAAAAAUGGCUGCGAGUGCAUUCAACACAAGAAUGGCAUGAUAUCUACAAACCUGAAGCAAUGGACGAUCUACAAAGGUUCUACGAUUAUUUUGCGAAGGGUAUUGAAAACGGCUGGGAGAAAGACACCCCUCGUGUUCGCCUGAGCUUGCUCGGGUAUGACGGCAGUUCUGCUAGAACCGUCGUUGAGCGUCCUGAGGACCAAUGGCCCUUGGCUCGUCAAUGUACCACUCGGUACUAUCUCAAUGCCGCAAACAGCUCUCUUGAAGCAACAAAACCUAGCCGUGUUGCUACCGCAACUCAUGAAGGUCACUCGCUGACCGCAUGCUCGGAUUUCAAAUUGAUUUUCGAUAAAUACACUGAAGUUUGUGGACGCCCAUUUGUGAAACUGUUCAUGUCUUGUUCCAGCAAGGAUGAUUUUGAUGUUGUGAUUCAACUCCGGAAGAUCUCUUCCUCUGGGGAACUGCUUGAGUCUCUGAAUUGGUCACCCAUGUGCAAGCCCCGGCCACAGGUACCAAACGUAAACGUAGCAAAACAUCUCGGCCAGCAGGGCAUGCUACGAGCCUCGCACCAUGUCAGUCUAGGGCCCCGUGAAAACGAAGAGCAAAUUCCAGUAUAUGACCACCGAACCCGGCAACCAAUCACUCCUGGGUCUGUUGUUCCCCUUCUUAUCGCAAUUUGGCCAGUGGGAAUGGUCUUCGAGGCUGGAGAGGGGCUUAUUCUCAGGGUCUCUGGCCACGACAUGUCCCUGCCCGAGGUGGAAUCAAUGGCUUUGACUUCUCCCGCUGAUGAUAAUAUCGGGCACCACAACGUGUGGACUGGCGGUAACCAUCAAAGUUACCUUGUCCUUCCGACGAUUACCAAAUAG